CAUACAAGCCCAUCGUAACAGCCAUCAGGAGCUCAGUGUACUGGCUCUCCUGCACGCCAAAACAGUCCAGCACAUCAGCCUGCUGCAGGACACUACUAUGAUCAAAUGGUUGGGGUCGCUUGGUCCAGGGUCAAUAAAGGUUCAGGGUGAGACGGACCAACCCAUAAGACGUGAGCGCGUCCUCGCCCUUCUGAGAGCGUCGAGCAUGUCGAGGGUGAUAAUCGAGGGUGCGGUUGUGAGAAAGAGAAGCGUCGGAAGAGAUUCAUGAUGCCAAGUGUGAGGUGCACGCGUUGGGGGCCAGCGAGCAGCGUAGAGUCUGGUGCAGGAGAUCUGGGUGUAUUUGGCCAAGGGGUAUCGACAGAACUGCCGGCUACCGGACCGGACAACCGGCAAAUCCUUUACUCCCCAAAAUUCAGUCUCUCCUGCGUUCUCGUCUCUCCUUGUCCCGACGCCUCGUCACGUGUGACGCUCGCUUUACUCGCCAACAUCCGUGUCCAAGGUCAGGAACCGGAAGACAUCGCCAUGGUUGGGUUUCAAGAUGGGAGUAUGCUCGUGGUGAGAGGACAGGCAGGAUACACACGGACAUUGAGGAUCCUCGUGCCCAAGCCGACGCUAGAUGCCAAGUUGUCGGUCAUCGCUGCUGCAGGGGAAAAGGCGGAGGAAGCCCGUACAAGCGUGAAGAAGGGUAAGUAUGAAAAGCAAUCCGUCGAGCUCAAGGUGUUUCAAGAUCUGCUUGACAAGUACGUUGCCGAGAUUGACAAGAUCCUGGAGGACAUGAAGACGAUGCUAGGGGUUCAAACAUUCAUCGAUAAUAGAGGAACAACGAAUGAUUCCCCUGCUCAUUCUUCGCUCCGGUAUCUUCAGACGCCAGAUUACGAGAGAAGUCAGCCGCUGAGACCCAUACGAUGGCCUAUAUCAAUAUUGUCAGACAUGCCAUUGGGGAACGCCCCGUCCUUCUUUGACGCUGUUGGGUGCGCUGGUGACAGUCAAGUCGACUUUCGAACCUCGGCUUAUCUUGGUGGGGCCCUAGCGGCGUAUUUUGGGAAAUGGUGGGGAGGCGAGUCGGCCGACUUGGAUGACGAUGAACAUUUGAGAAAGGACGCGUGA